GGUUACAUAACGUCCAGCGCGGCUUCUCGCGAGAGUUUCUAGCUCCUCCUCGCUCCCCCCUCCCCCCUCAGCCCCCACGUCACCGGGAGACCAGACGGGGACAACAUGGCGGAGCGGAGGAGGCACAGGAAGCGGGUCCAGGAGGUGGGAGAGCCAUUCAAAGAAGAAAAGGCUGUCGCUAAAUACCUGCGGUUCAACUGUCCAACCAAGUCUACCAACAUGAUGGGUCACAGAGUUGAUUAUUUCAUUGCAUCAAAAGCUGUGGAUUGCCUUUUGGAUUCCAAGUGGGCAAAAGCAAAGAAAGGAGAAGAAGCUCUCUUUACAACUCGAGAGUCUGUGGUUGAUUAUUGCAACAGACUUCUGAAGAAACAGUUUUUCCAUCGAGCACUAAAAGUAAUGAAAAUGAAACCAGACAAGGACUUAAAGAAAGAAAAGGAAAAAGAGAAAGGAAAGACUGAGAGUGGAAAAGAAGAUGAGAAAAAGAGCAAAAAGGAUAGUGGGAAAGAUGAAAAGGCUAAGAAGGAGAAAGAAAAGGAAAAGGAAAAGAAAAAAGAUGGUGAGAAAGAAGAAGGAAAAAAGGAUGAGACCCCGGGCACACCUAAAAAGAAGGAGACAAAGAGAAAGUUCAAACUUGAACCUCAUGAAGAUCAGGUUUUUCUGGAUGGAAAUGAGGUAUAUGUGUGGAUUUAUGAUCCAGUUCAUUUUAAAACAUUUGCCAUGGGACUCAUACUUGUGACGGCUGUUAUAGCUGCAACUCUUUUCCCGCUCUGGCCUGCAGAGAUGCGAGUAGGGGUUUAUUAUUUGAGUGUUGGAGCAGGUUGCUUUGUGGCCAGCAUUCUCCUCUUGGCUGUUGCUCGCUGCAUUCUGUUCCUUCUCAUCUGGCUGAUGACAGGCGGAAGGCAUCACUUCUGGUUCCUGCCAAACCUGACGGCUGACGUGGGCUUCAUUGACUCCUUCCGGCCUCUGUACACUCACGAGUACAAAGGACCAAAGGCUGAUUCAAAGAAAGAGGACAAGUUGGAAUCCAAAAAGCAGCCCAAAUCCGACAGCGAAGAGAAAUCUGACAGCGAGAAAAAGGAAGAUGAGUAUGGCAAAGGCGAACAGUUGGGAAACUUGGGAUCUGAAGGCUCUGGAGGAGAACGGAAUUCGGACACGGACAGCGACCGGCGAGAGGAUGACCGUUCCCAGCACAGUAGCGGCAAUGGAAAUGAUUUCGAAAUGAUAACUAAAGAGGAACUCGAUCAGCAGACAGAUGAAGGGGAUUGUGAAGAAGACGAAGAAGAGGAAGAGGACGAGGAAGAUACUAGGCCUUUACAUGAACAAUCAUAAUUACCUAUAGUUUGGGACUGAAUAUUGUGCAGGCAGUUGGAUUUUCUAUGUUGGCUGGAACACCAUCUUAACAGCGUUUUUUCCUUUUUAUUUACUGAAGUAUACAGUUUAGCCAGACAGCUUUAUAACAUCGUUCCUAAUUUGUUGUUACAAAGAGGAGAAAUGAAACAAAAUACUUAGCCAGAUAAAUUCAGAGUAACCUAAUGUAUACUUACGAAAGCUAUGUGUUUCACAUCUUGUCAAUCAGUAGAUGUUUUGAUCUGUCUAGAGAAUGUCUUCAAGCAUAACGGAAGAACAUAGUUUUGCUUAAUAAUAUUUUUGGGAGAUUGCAUGUUUGCAGUAAGUGAACACUUCCAGAAUAGCAAUUUAAAAUGGUAAUUGUUGAAUGACCCUGUGUCUCAAGUUUAGUCCUGGUAGGUUAAUUUGAUUGCUGCUUAUGACAAAGUACUCUUCAGUUUAUCAUAUUGAUACUGUUAUUAAUCUUUAUAAAACGUAAGACUUUUUCUUAGAACAUUUUGUUUGAGAAGAAAACAUUUUUCUUGAGAUAUGCAAAAUAGUGCUAACUUGGCUGUAGGGUUAUUAUAAGCUUCUUUUUUCUAAAACUGUGUUCAACCAGCUUAGGAAAUCCAGCCUGUUCUGUCCCCCUGGUUCAGGGCAACGGAGUCAUCUCUAGCAGGUUUAAAAGGAAGAAAAAGAAACAGCAUAAUUUGGAAGUUAUAGCUGCUGUUUUGACCUGCCCCACUAUAAUACAAAAAAGUGUAUUCUGUACAUAACAUACAAAUAAAGUAAACCCCUUAUUUUACCUGUUACUUAUUAUUUGAAGGUUUUAUCCAGUUUUCAGUUUGUUAAUUGAAGGCCCUUUCAGGAUGUGUGUGUUUUAGGGAAACACAAGUCGCAAAGACCUCACCGAACCAGAGAGGCUGACAGCUGCAUCCAAAGCAGCUUCAUCCCUGUGCCAACAUUCCUAUUAUUCAGGUUCAAGAGAACAGAUCCUAAUUUAAUAGCAGGCAGCAUAGUUCUUUGUAUGCCUUAACGUUAACCUUUGAUUUCUUUCUGUCUUCAGAAAGCGGAGUACUGUAUCUGAUGAGUAGACACUGCCAUGAGAGAACAUUCGCCUCUUUAGAAGGGUAGGCAUCAAAGUUUUUAAAGAUAACCAAGACCAAAUUGUUUCUUGAAAUCUUGAAAGGAGUUUCAAUGAUUAACUUUUUCUCUUCCACAUCCUCUAUUUGACUGACUUGGGAGAUCAUUGUGUGUUUAGUUCUAUAAACAUUUUUAAAGUUGAGACUUUGCAUCAUUCCUCUGAAUCAUUGAAUUUCAGCCUGAGACUGAAAUUAUGAGUACAGAUUCAGCUCUUUCUCGCAAAGUGACUGAGGAGAUAAUGCUAGUUAUUUGCUUGCAUUUUUGAUAGUUGAUAUAAGCAGGUUUCUCCUUUCUUCCUUGAACUGCUUUUUCCAUCACCAGUGUUUUGACUGAAGAUGUUAAUUUUUUUCUGACUGUGCAAAUAUAUACAUUUUAUGUGUGCAUUGAUAAAAACCAUUCUCAAAUGUG